GCGGGGAGAUAAGGACAUUAUUGAGGGAGAGGGGAGGGUUGGUGGGGAGGGUGUGGGUACCCACCGCCGUAGUGCUUACUCUAGAACCAUUGCCAACAAUAAUAUGUAAUGGAGAAUUUAAGGAUUGAGAAGAGACAUGAGAAAUAGUACAUGGAUCGGAGGCGAUGUGGUGCGUGGCUCCCGUGUCGAAGUACCAUGUGGGUUCCCGUAGGGUCAUGGUGUCGAAUUGGUGUGCUAGGGCUGUAGGGGUGGGGUUGGGAGCCUGCGGGUGGGGGGGUGGUGUUUGCGGAGUUUCUUCCUCGUCCACGUCCACGGCCGCCUCCACCACGACCGGAAUUACGCCCCUGCUGUCCGCGGCCGCUGCUGCCGCCGCUGUACCCGCUGCCAAGCGUUCCACUGCCACGCCCGAAGUCGCCGCUGCUGGUGCCACAGUGUGGGCCGCUGGUUCGGCCGGCCAGGAGGGCCGUCCCGGCGUCGUCUGUGAUGCUUUGUCUUUGCCGAUCCAGGAGCAGGAGGGCGGAUCGGGUCUGAAGAAAGUUGGGCAGCGGUUGCUGGAAUUGUAGAAACGAUGUCUGAGCCUGGAGAUCUUCGGGCUACUGGUUUGUGCAAGAAUAAGGCAGAACCAAAUCUGUUAAACACAAUACUACGUGAAAAGCUCGAAAGAUCUAUACUUAUGUCGAGCAAAGAUAUUAACACAAGAAAAGAUGGUAAAUCUU